CUGCUGCUGCUGUAGCAUAAGAGACCAACACCAAUUAGGUCUCUUCCGUUGCGUGCGAAUGUCAUGUGUAUUGGUGUAAUGUUGUUGUAAAUACUUCUCACGGCGGUAUGAGAAGAGGGUAGAGAGGAGGGAGUACAGCGAGCAUCGACGGCGACGUGUAGUAGGGCCAGAGCAUCGGUGGACAACAACCCCAGACAUUAUCACGCACCGAAAAUUUCUCAAGUUUUCCCACUACCGCGAUCGCUUCCUUGCGGUCAGUGCCGUGUGGAGUCCGUAUACGCUUUCACUCAGGCUCGUCGACGCCUGCAGGAGGGUAAAGAGAACAACGACGAGGAAGAACGCAGCGAAGGUUUAACAGCGAGUAUUAUAAAGCGUGUCUUCUUUUCCGCGGUUCUUACUCCCUUGCUCUGCUCUGUCCAAUGCACUUUGCUAGGGUCCACCGCGGGGGGUAGGAAUCGUUGGUUCGGACGACGGAGCGUGAGAGUUACAGGGACAUACAAAAUUCUGCCAAGGUGUCGUCUUCGCUUCCCGCAGUGCGUGCAUGUUUGCGCGCGCGUGUGUGUGCGUGUGUGUGUGUUUGGGUGCGUGCGUGCGCGCGCGUGUGCGUGUGUAUGUGUGUACGUGUGAUUCUGAGGAUGGCAGCGAUGGCAUCCUCUUCUUGUGUUGCAGAGCAGCGCAUUUAUAUUGAAACCAUGUUGUCAUACGCGUGCUUGAUACCCACCAUCGGACAGCGCUCCGUGAACCGACUAGCAUUCUGCAAUCAAUAGUAAGCAACACCGCCUUUCCCUACAAAUCCUACAAUCAACAAAAACAGUGCGAAGGUUGUGCAACACCUGCGGACUAUACAACAACCAUAAAGCUGGCGAGAAAGCAUAAAACCAGCGAUUCGUGCAUGCUGCUUCGAUCAAUUGCAAUCAACGGGAGCAAUUUUCAAAUCAAUCGCAACUAAGGCGCAACGGCCAAAGCGAUGCAAUCGCGUAAACUUCACACUCGCCGGACAGUCUUUGCCUCGAUGAAACUUUAUGGUGCUGCGUGCGCUGGCGGACAUUGGUCGUGUUUCGUGGCGAGAUUGCGCCGGGAAAUUAUAUCGUGAGACAAUUGAAACGAAUCCGACCUGAUCUGCAAAACCGGCAAGAACCAACGAAAAGCCAACGCGUUUGUGGCGACGGUCGACAACCGGUGACGAAACGGGUACAUUGCCAAAAACAAAAGUUCUAUUUCGAACAUGAUCGUGUAGGGCGUUCCAUUGAAACGGCUCUCUUGUGUUUGUGUACGUGCGUGUUGUGUGUUUGUGUAUUUUAAGUUAAGGUUCAAUUUCUAUUGCUUACUCCGUGCGGUAACUGCUUCGCAUUGGAAUCUUCCGGUGCAGUGCUUGGGACGCUGCGGGGUUCUGCUGCCGCCGGCAGUGGCCGGGCAAAGCGGGGCCACGGAACCGCCAAGAUGCCCAAGUGGAAUAAACCGCACGGCGUGAUUGUGCCGCUGGAUUCUCUACUGAAGGAGCGUCGUAAAGAGAACUGUCCGGCACCGCGCCGCUCUGCCGGUCUCGUCGGUCGCUGGGGGAUAACGAGUUUCACCUCGAUACGGAACCGUAGUUUUGUCUCCGAGUACAACAAUGUAGAUAUGAUAGAACCUUCGCCCGACGUCGGCGUUGCACGAGAUUCUCCGGAAGCGUUGUCCAACCUGCUGUCACCGGUUGCCCAGGAGCCUGUGCGGCCUCGCAAGUUCUUCAAAAGCCGCAAUAUUCUACCACCACCACUGGUGGUGCCGCCGGCCGAGACCGCUUUCCAGCAGCAUCAGAAUCUAAUGAUGGUAGCCGGCGAUGGGUCGGCCUCCUUUCCUGCUCCCCUUUCGGACGAACAAAAGAACCGAGCGUGUGUGAUCUCUUCCUCGUCGUCGGUCCAAGUAGCUCCAUCCAACUACUAUCAGCCGUUGUCGGCUGCGGCCACACCACAGUUCUCGCCCACUGGUCCGCAGUCGGCCAACAUUGUCGGCGGUGGUGUUGUGUUGCCACCGCAGUCCACUGAUGCCUAUGCCGCUCAGCAGCAGCACCCGCAACAGCAACCUUUCGGACAGCAUGACCAGCAUUUGCUGCAUGCAAGCGAAUCGAUCGGUUCUGCCGUUGUAUCACCAAAAUCGUCCUCGCGGCGGAAGAAACAGUCUCCGGAGGAUGUUGGUCGUAGGUCGAAAGGAAGCAACAAGAAAGAGAAGAAGGAAAAAAAGGCGAAAAAAUCGAAAUCGAAAGAGCCACCCACUAGCAGAGCAGCAGGGGCGCCGGACCAACCGAAACGCAACUCGUCUCGCAUUCAAAACCGGGUUAUCAACUACAACGAGGACGACGACAGCAAUGAUUAUCAACUGCAGCGUCAGCAACAGAAAAUUGCGUCGCAAAACUGCACAACCGACAGUCUCCAUUUGGGCACCGAAGCAUUCGCCGAACAGUACUUUCCUGAUGAGGAUCAGCAUCCGGAGGUAUCGCAAUCAAUCCAGCCAGCCUUUCAUGGCGACGCCAGGAUGGACUGCUCGCCGACCAGCGAUAGUUUGACGAUAGAAGGCGGCAGAACUGGUAGCCGACCGACCACCACCGUGCCCACACCCCUUGCCUCGCCCUCAAUCGGUGAGCAUCGACCCAUUCUGCUGCGGAUCUCGAAGGGCACAUCCAUGCUAAUUAGCACCGAUAGUGAGGACGUUUCUUCAAACAGUGCAUCGGCUCCGGUCGCUAGCGAUUAUCAGCCGCACAAGCAGCAACCGUCAACUAUUACCGGCCAUUCUGACACGGCUGCGGUGGACCAGUUUGCGCCAGCAGCGGCCCACUAUCAUUCAACGUCAGCGCGCGGCGAUGCCCAGUCCCCAAGGCAGCAACACCAUCAACCAUUGCAUGAUGAACCGUACCAACAUCGUUAUGCUGAGGAGGCUUUGAUUGACGAACAGCAGCAACUGGAGCAUCCAAAACCCAGUAAUAAUGAGAAGGAAGUAACCGUGCCGGCGUUAUCAGUACAUGUAGCAGUACCGAAAACCGAUCUGAAGAUAAAGAUAUCGCUCGGAGGCAAACCGAUGGUCGGUACGACAACCACCGGCACAUCCGCAACCACGACAUCCUCGCCGACGACGGCGGGUGCAUCGCCUACUGUCGGCAGCACAUCUGCCAGUGGUAGCGGGGCGGCUAAUUCUGCUAAAGUGAAUAAAGCCUGCCGGUAUAACUUCAAGAAGCGCGCCAUCGAGCAGGAACGUGCUAGGCACCAUUUGUCAUCGAAACGCUCAAGGGCGGCAACGGCAGUUGCGACUGAAUCAAAGCCACAGGGUGAUGUUGCGGAAUGGUUCGAGCAAACGCCAGCUCCACAACAGCAGUCCGAAACCACAGCACCGUCAGCACUGCUCCAGCCGUCCCAUUCAGCAACCGGUUCGGCCACAGCCACGGCAACGACGCGACCAAUUUUUCCGCUACCCGGCACGGACACGUACGAGGUUUUUCACGCACUGUCAUCCCUCUCCGGUGGUGAGGAUUUCGACUCGCAGAGCUCUAUCCUCGGCAGUGCGUCCUCCGAUAACAAUACACCCAAACAUACACUACCGGUUGGCGAAGGCGAUCAUCACAAUCACCAUCCGCAGCAGCAGCCUCAUUGCCAGAUCAUACACAGCCGCGGUUCCAGCGAUUGUGGCAGUGAUCUGGAGCUAUCGCAGAAUAGCUCGACAGUAGCCGCACCUCCCUCUGACGCGUACUCCGAAAACGAGAACACGCAAGAUAUAAAUUCACGUCCUCCGCCAUCCACAGCUCCAGUUACGUCGUCACCGGUCAACACAACCAGAAACUUGGUUGCGAUGGCAACCACGCCUCUAGUCACGACCGGUGGCAACACAGAAUCACCGUCUUCACCGGUGGUGCCGCCUCCGGCGACAGAGCGCGUUGAGGUACUUAAACUGACGCUCAAAAAUGUGAGUAGUCGCAGUGGUCCGACCUACAGCCGCGUGACUCGCAACAAAACGAAAACACCAGGUACCGAGAGCGCUACUGAGGCGAUGUCGGUGGAUAUAGGCAGCGUGUCUCCGCAAAGCUUACGAUCCAGUGCGACCAUCACACGCUCGGUUCGCAGUCGCGCUACCAACAACAGCAGCAAUCACAAUAAUAACAACACGCUUGUUGGGUCUAGUGCCGUUGUUGGAGGCGGUCUCGACACGAUGAUCAAAGGAAAGAAGGUAGCGAAAAGUACGGCAAACGCCAGUGCCGCAUCGAACGGCGGUGGGGCCCAGAAAAAGGUUGCACAGCAACAGGAGCAGCAGCAGCAGCGACAGGUUUCGGGUGAGCUUGUUGAGCCAACUAUGAAGCCACCCGGCCACGGUGCUCUCAGUGGUAAUCUCGGUGGCGAUGAGUUGUUGGAGGAAAAGCCUGAUACACUUUCAGAAAUGCAGUCUACAGAAAAGAUCUUGAGCAGCACUGGAAACGUAGCCGCCGUUGCUACGACGCGGCAAUACAGUCGACGGAAAAAGAAUGUGGUGCCACCGGAUUAUCUGCCCGAGCCGUCGUCGGCUACCUUACCAGUCGGGCCGACGACGGAUGGCAUAACGAAGCACGAGCAGCAGGAUGGAGGUGUGUGGGAUCUAGGUGCGCAGCGCGGGCUCAGCAGCGGCGGUGAUCUAGAGAACAAGAGCAUAACAACAACCAGUGCCACGCAACUAAUGGGCGACCUUUCCACAGUCCCACUGUGCGAGCAGCCGUCACAGUACCAGAACGCACGCUCGACAGAGGUACCGAUCGAAAGUGGUAGUGGUGCGGAUGGUGGCACUGCUGAUGAGAUAGAGCCGAACUCAACGGGGCACACCGUUGCCGCCAACAUUGCUGCGUUACAGCCUCCCGCACCGAUGCGGUUAGUGUUACAGAAGAAGGGUUCGAUCUUCAAGAGUCGCCCACUGGUCGGUUCGUCCGAUGGUGCUCCCGAAACCAAGAAGCGGCACGUGUACAAACACAAAUGGGACGACGACGACGAAGACAAUGGCAGCGAUAGGAUGCGGGACAAUCGAUCAUGCAGCACCACGGCGGUGGUCUCUAGUGAUGUUGCCGAUAGUUUGGAUCUAGUCACUAGCGGUGGCAGCGCAGGAAUAGCAGGAAAUAUUGUUAAUAGUGGUGGCACUGUUAGUAUCAGCGGGAGCAACGGCGCUGGAGCGAUUGCUGGCGAGAUGCUCGUGGAUCCCUGCGCACCAAUCACUAGCGAAGGGGCAGUUGGAACCGGCGCGGCGUCUGCAAUUGUCGGAGGAAGUGCUGUUGUUGGUGGUACUGCUGGUACUGAUGCUGGCACUGGUUCUGCUGAUAGCAACGGUGAUCUAUUCGAAUGUGAUGCGUCGUUAAACUCAUUACUGGGUGGUCUGGGAUCGCGCACCAAACGACCCAACAAACAGGCGAGCUUUGCCGGUGCGGGGCUAGCUGCUGGUGGCAGCGGUGGUUCUUCCGCAAGUGGUGCCGUAGCCUCCAGUACAAACAGCAACUGCUUUGGCGUGGAUGCCGUAUUUGGAGGUGCCAAUGGGCUGCUGGGUGCUAAUAGUGGUGGCGGGGGUGGUAGCAGUAGCACUAGCGGCGGCCACUACCCUGCUGGAUCGGCUCAGCCAUACGACUCGGAAAGUGCCGGCUUUGGCGGUGAUUGGGACGAAUACGGUGCGGGUGAGCCACCGAAGAUACGCUGUUAUCGCGACUCUAAACCAUUCUACACGAUAGUGCGGAAUGUGAAGAACUCGCACCAGAUGCAAGAGAUCGGAGAAUUCCAGGAGAUGGACGACGACGUGGAGUAUAUCUUGUCGGCGCUCCAGCCCGACAAUCCCGUGUCAACCAGGUGCCUUUCGGCGCUGCAGCUCGCCACCAAGUGCAUGAAACCCGCUUUCAAGAUGCACGUACGGGCGCACGGUGUAGUGACGCGCUUCUUCCGGGCCCUUUCCGACGCACACCAGGAUGCUGGGUUGGCCCUCUGCACAGCCGCCAUCAUGUACGUGUUUUCGCAAGACAAGUUGAACAUGGAUCUAGAUCGCGAUUCGCUUGAACUCAUGCUGAACUUGCUUGGUACGACCAGCGCUGGCGAACAGUUGGCUGGAACAGCGGGCAAGGUGACGAACGAUCCGCAGCAAAAGAUCCGCCAACGGGUAAAGGAGCUUUGCGACGAGAUCAAGGGGAGCGGUAAGGCGAAGCCUCACAUAAUAGGGAGUGAGGGUGAUAGCAGCAGUGGCAGCAGUAGUAACAGUAGUGAUGGGCACCGGAUCAGUGCCGCUACGCUCGCCAUGGAAUCGUUGCUAUCACUCACCUCGCAGCGAGCCGGCGAGUGGUUCAAGGACGAGCUACGCAAGCUAGGUGGCAUCGAGCAUCUGAUCAAGACCGUUUCCGAAUGCUACGAAAGCGUGCCGGAACGGGCUGCCGAUUGGCAUCCGGAGGCGAUAGCAAAGCUACGCAAAAUCGAGCGCUGCCUGCGCGUGCUCAACAAUGUGUGCGUGUUCAAUCGCGCCAACCAGGCGUUUCUGCUCGAGCACCGAGACGGGCUGCUGGUUCAGUUGCUAGCUCGUAUCUACCGGCAGUUGGACCGUGAGAUUCCAUUCCACCCGACCGAUGACCACACGCCCAAAGAAGCGGUCGGGGUCGUGGUGCGCGAGCUACAUCAACCGAUCCUGCAUAUGCUCAUCACGCUCACGCACUCGUUCGACGAUCAAGCGCCUGGGGCAACGCUAGUGGGUCAACAGCCGGAAAUGAUCGAUAUUACGAUGCAAAUACUGCUGCGAAUCGCUCGUUAUGUGCCGAGUCGUUGCGUGUUCGACCUGAAUCUGUUGGCGCUCACACUGUUGCUGCAUUUGGCCCGUCCUAGUGAACAAAAUCGCCAGCAGAUCCUGUGCUACAAGACGGCAGAGGGGAAGCAGAGCGGUAUCAAGGAGCUGGUCGAGUACUUCGAGCAGCAAGAGGAAAUGGCUAGUCAUGCUGAAGCGAAGACGAAUGCCAUCCUGGAGACACCGGCUAGGACGGUUGAUACUGAGGACACGGAAACAAGAUUGAUACAAAAAGCGGAACAUCAUAUGGAGCACACAUAUAUGGGUAGCCACGUUUGCAUGCUCAUCUUCUACCUGAUUGCGGAUCAGCCGUCACUGGAACAGAUAGCGCGCGCUCACUUGCAGCACGGUAACUUCAAGCGCAUGGUGGCAGCCAUGAGCCGGUACUACGAGUUUCUCAACUUGACGACCAAUGCCGAUGCAGAAAGUACGGCGCACAAGCGCCAGACGAAGAAAGCGAUCGACUAUCUCAGUCAGUUGGACGGUGGGGUAUGUGAGGCUAGCACUUCGUUGCCCAACAGUAUAGCCCAGCCGACGCCUUCCUAGUAGUGUUAGCGAGCAUAACGCUGAUGGGUUGCCGAAAUAGACACUUCCCCAUAUUGUAAUGGAGCCCUGCGUGCAUCAUUAGCAACGAUGCUGGAACAAUUGCCAGCUAUAUCGAUUUGGCCCUGUCGGUAGAGAUCAAGGAUGUCACCACGACUGCAUCUCAUAUUCUCGCCGCUGUCAGUCAAUAAACUUCUGUGAAGUGGUGGUAAUCUGUGUAUUGUACAUAUUUAAACCGGAUUAGUUAGGUUAGGCUUUCCCAAAACAAGUGCUGCCGUCGUCGGUGAACUAUAAUAUCAUAUCCAACAAAUUGGUAAACCAAGUCACGAGAGAGUCAACACAGUAAGCAAUAAGAUUCCCGUUUUGUUACGAAGUAUCGAUGGGUUCCCGCAUUGAUUGAUCGUGGAUGUUUAGUGGAGCCAAACUAGCAUCCAAUUUUAUGGUUACGGGGUACUCUUUCAUAUCGGCUUCAGUACUAGAGACUAGGAGAAAGACUCGGAGUAAUGUUUAUUUUAGAGGACUCCGAACUGUUUUAUUUUUUCUGUAGAUGACAGCCGUGCUGAUUUACAUAGUUUUUGGUGGAUAAAUAGCCUGCAGCAUAAUCAGAUUAAGUAUUCCAUCAUGCUUCUGCAUGCUAUCUAUGAGUGGUUUUAUUAGUUGUGUUCAGGCGGAGCUAUGCCACAUCUAACAUCAGAGCAAAUGGAGAAAACUUUCCUCCUGAUAUUUUCGGAGAGUAGAUCAAUUGGAUACUGAGUGUAAGAACAAUCAAGUAAGGCGCGAAACAAUAGUCGCUAUCUCUCCUUUCAUCCUAAGCAGUAUCUUUUACAUUUUUUUUGCGUUCAGACCAAAAGCAGAAACCUACUGCUGCACCUUGUAUGGAAUGUAAUCUAGGGUAUAACAAUAAGGAAAGCCACACAAAAAAGGGUUAGUUUAGUAUGUGAUGUGGUGUAACUUUGCCACAAUUACUUUAAAAUAAAUGACAACGCUGUAGUUAGCAUUAACGAAAAUUAGUUUGCAUGAAAAAGUUCUCACUUCAUUACCACUACCCUCGAAAAAUACAUCCCUCGCAGGGAACCCAGCGAGCGUUAAUAAAAGAAGUAGAACAUGCGAUUGAUUUCAAAGACAAAACGAAUAAAGAGCCAAGCAACGGACAAACGACAGCCAAGCCCGCUACACCAAAAGAAAAGAGCUACACAAUUCGCCCACUAAUUCGCGUUAUUCUGGGGCCACUUUAUGGCAACUAGCCCUUCUCUAACUGGAUAUAUUCUCAAACUAGCACAAAACACCGUUUACGCCCCAUUCUUACUGUAGUGAUUGUGUUUCUGAUUUAAGCGUUACAUACUACGGAAUUCUGUUGUGGUAUAUGUCUUGGCGGUAAAACAAAAGCGAAUCGAAAAGACAUAAGAAAAUAUGCAGAAAAAUCAAGGAAAAGCGGUUGAAGGUACAUAUAAAAUAUUGAUCCCGCCAACUUGCCAGGAGUAUGUGAAAUGUGAAUAACCAAUAAAUGUAAAUAUAAGAUGAUUCAA